GUCAUAUUGGAGACCGAAGUUAUAAUCACUCGAGCAGACCGUUAGGAAACCUGUGUAUGAAAGGAGUGAAUGCUGCUGAGGUCUGGGACUUAAGCUGAUCCUAGCCGCCCCAAGAUUUCUGCGAAGGGAAACCUGAUGACCGGAAUAUCUUGAUCGCAAGGGGGGUCAGCCGAACCUCAUGACCCAGUGGAAAUCUGAAUGAAUGAUACUCUUUCUUUUCUUUCCCUCUCCCCAAUAGAUUAGGUCAAAAUAUAAUGGGGUCCUCUCAAAGCACCUUUCCUGGGACACCCCUAGGGUGUAUGUUAAAUAAUUGGAAAGAGUUUAGACGCCAGGCUGAUUAUGGCAUUGUAUUAUGUAAGGACAGUCUUAUAAAGUUCUGUACUCUGGAAUGGGCAACACUUGGGGUGGAAUGGCCCGAGGGGGGAACACUUAAACCAGAAAUCGUACAGGCUGUACAUAGUACUGUGACCCGGAAUGGCAAUUGGGAUCAGUAUCCUUAUAUAGAUAUUUGGCAGGACCUCGUGGCCAACCCUCCCCCAUGGUUACAAAAAUGUAAAACACGGACUCUUAAAACUCUGAUGGCCCGUGCCCCCGUUAAAAGGCCCGGUCCCCCUGUUAAGAAAUCUUGCCCGCCAGUUAUAAUCCCUUCUGCCCCUGAUCCCAUGCCCCCUCCUCCUCUGUAUCCUGGCCUCCCGGUCCUGGCAGCCCCGAUAACUGGCCCCCCUCCCCCUGAGGGUAGUGCCUCAGCUGUAGAGACGAGGGAUGGGCCAAGCAGCCCAGGCCCCUCCAACCAGGAGCCCCCUCCAAUCUCCUUAAGCUCCCCGGUGUCUAGUCACACCCGGAGCCAUGAUAAUCAGGUGACAUUCCACCUCAGCCCCGCAGUAGCCCCAGAAAGGAAGAUUAGGAGAUUGACAUCUAAUUCGGCACCUGGGGACACUCAACUGCCCCUUACUCGCUCCCCAGGCAGGGGUGAGGGUAACACGGCGUACGCAAUGCCCUUAAGGGAGACUUUCACCCCAGGCGGUGAACUCACUAUGCUUUAUGUUCCCUUUACUAGCAGUGAUUUAUAUAACUGGAAGCACCAGAAUCCCCCGUUUUCAGAGGAUCCCGCCCCGCUAACGACAAUAUUUGAAACCCUGAUCUCGGCCCACAAUCCUACCUGGGGCGAUAUGAGAGUCGCUUUAAAUACCUUGCUCACUGCUGAGGAAAGGCGUUUGGUCCUCUCGAAAGCCCGUGAGGGGCUUAGAGCCAGGGAAAAGAGCUCGGCUGAAAUAGCCGCAAUGCUCCCUGAGACUAUGCCCGACUGGAAGUAUGGAGAUGAUGGGGGUCGAGGGAAGCAUCGCGAAUACGCUGCAGCCAUAGUAGAGGGGAUGAGGCGCUGUAUUAGAAAAACACCAAAUUGGGCUAAGCUGUAUAAUAUUCGACAGGAAAAGAGUGAAAAUCCAGCUGCCUUUUAUGAGCGCCUGUGUAACACUUGUAAGAAGUACACAGACCUUGAUCCAGAAGAUGCCAAUGGAAAGUGGGUAUUGAUUCCCCUCUUCAUUGGACAAUCUUAUGAGGACAUCAGGAAAAAGUUGCAAAAAUUGGAUGGGGCAUCGGGCAAAAAUAUAGAGGAGCUUUUAGAGAUUGCAAUGAAGGUUUAUGAUCGCAGAGACGAUGAGGAACGAAAGAAAGGGGCCCGCGUCUUGGCACUGGCCCUAAGGGAGGGAAAUGAGGAGAAGGGGGGCAAGGCUAAAGGGCGAUCAGGGCCACCGAAUAAGAAUAGGGGAAAGGGUCCCCGUUUAGGGCGAAAUCAAUGUGCUAUCUGUAAGGAGGAGGGACACUGGAAAAACGAAUGCCCCCGGCGACAUGCCAAGGGAAAAGAGUACACGGAUAGGGUUUUUCCCUCCCCCGUUUACUACAGCAGUACGGGACUUUCGGGGGAGGGAUCUUCCCCAUAGGGGGG